CGCGCAGGCAAGUGAGGAGCUCACAGGCACACGGUUUUAGCUGCGAUCUCAGCAUCUUGGAACCUGUGGUCACCAAUCAAUUGUUACAGAGGGAGAAAACCAAGAAAGGCACAGAUUAGACGUGCUCUUGUCUUACUUGGAAAUCUAGGAGCCUAUGUAUCAUGUCAUAUCCCCAGUUUGGAUACCCUUAUUCCUCAACACCCCAGUUCUUGAUGACUGCCAAUUCUUUAUCCACUUGCUGUGAAUCUAGUGGAAGAAGUCUUUCUGAUACAGCUGCUGCAGCCUCUGCUCAGACCCCAGUCUAUUGUCCCGUGUAUGAGAGCAGGCUCCUUGCUACAGCCAGACAUGAGCUCAAUUCUGCUGCUGCAUUGGGAGUAUAUGGGACCCCCUAUACAGGCGCCCAAGGUUAUGGGAACUAUGUCACUUAUGGCACUGAUGCAUCUGCCUUUUAUUCUUUGAAUACAUUCGAGUCAAAAGAUGGCACUGGAUCUGCGCAUGCGGGUAUUGCCCAGACUGCUGCUUAUUAUCCCUAUGACCAUACACUCAGCCAGUAUCAGUAUGACAGAUAUGGUACUAUGGAUGGAGGUACCCGCAGAAAGAAUGCCACUCGUGAAACCACAAGCACCCUGAAGGCCUGGCUGCAGGAGCACAGGAAAAACCCCUACCCCACGAAAGGCGAAAAGAUCAUGCUGGCCAUAAUCACCAAGAUGACUCUCACCCAGGUGUCCACGUGGUUUGCCAACGCCCGGCGGAGACUCAAAAAAGAGAACAAGAUGACCUGGCCUCCGAGGAACAAGUGCUCUGAUGAAAAAAGACCUUAUGGGGAAGACGAUGAUGAAGAAGAAGAAGACGAACCUCAGAAAGACAACAUCAAGAAUGAGAAAAAGAUCGAUGAUGAUGUUGCAGGAAGACAGGAUAAAGAGUUAGAAUUGAGCGAUCUGGAUGAUUUUGAUACAAUUGAAUCUGAAAGUUCCGAAUGCGAGUUAAAGCAACCAUUUCAUCACCAGACCCAAGAAGGACAUCAGAUGAGGUCAAGAGAUUGUGUCAAUGACCACUGUAAGGAUGUGAUCCUAAAGAUGCCUGUGGGAACUUCAAAUGUUGAACUAGAGCUUGAUAGAGCUAAAAACUGCCUUAAAAAUGUGGUUGAUGAAUGUGAACAAGACUUAAUGAGAGUGAGACAAAGAGGUUGUGAAACCAAAAUGUGCUUCCAACAGCAAAGUCAACAAAUUAUGGAUUCCAAACCAAGGAUAUGGUCUUUGGCUCACACUGCUACCUCUUUAAAUCAAACUGAGUAUCCAUCUUGCAUGUUAAAACACCAAGGAGUGUCUUCUCCUUCCUCUUCUUCGUCCUCAUCAUCAUCUUCCUCAGCUGUUUCUACUCCAGUCUGUGUUAUUGACAGACGUCAGGAUUCUCCAGUGACCAGUCUCAGAAAUUGGGUUGAUGGUGUUUUUCAUGACCCACUCUUUAGACAUAGUACUUUGAACCAGGCACUGACCAACACCACUGUUUCAUGGGCCUCAACAAAGGGUACCAUUCUGGAAACUGGCUCCUUAGGACGUUCAAUCGGAAACCCUGCAAAUAUGAUUAAGGGACAACUGGCUAACCUACCCCACGACACAAAUAAGGAGUUUAUUGCAUUCCCUAAAACUGGAAGCAAGAUGUUUUGCUCCUAACACAUUAAAACUAUUGUAGAUGCUGGGAAAACAUAUCUGGCAUGGAACAUUUCAAACAAAGGAGUUUUUGACAUAAAUCUUUAAUUAAAUGACAAACAUUUUAAAUUCUGUUAAGGAAAAUCAUUAUUAUUGUUUAAGUUAUCUUUUCUUAAAGAGUUCUGUGUUGUGGACGUUAUUUAAUUCUAUAGCUAAAAGCACGGACGAUUUUUUAUGUGUUGGAGUAAUUACAGUUUACAACCAAAAGUUUACAAAAAGGAUUAAUGGAUUGGUAUAUAAAAUAAAUUAUUUAAUAAGCAUGCUAAAUUAGUUAAUGAAACAUUGAAGCAUUUUAUUGAGGUUUUAUUGUUAGUGUUACACAUGCAGCACUUCUACCGAGUUUACACAAAUGCACAUUGGAAUUAAUUGGCAAUCCUAUUUCUUCAUUCAAAUAAAUUGUCUGUUUCAUAGGCAAAAAAAAAAUCAAA